AUGAGGUUUCUGCCGCUAUUAGUUGAAAGCAAUCCUCCAUCUCUACAAUUUUUAUUUAAACAACUUAAAUACAUCACACAUAUUGGUGGGGGUAUUGGAAUAUAUUUUUGAUUGCCACCACGUUUGAUACUUAUAGCUACUUCUGUAGUUGGCUCGUGCAGUAGAUUCGCUACUGUUUAAAUAUUUUAUUUAUACCAGUGGCUUAAAUGACCCUGGUAAUUUAGAAAUUUCAGUUAAAGACAUUUUCAUGUGUUUAUGUGUUGAAGAAGAAGUACCCGCUGCCGGUAUUUUGCAGGGUCGUAAUUUGGACGAAGCUAGCCCAGAAACUAGCAGCAUUCUUUUACCAUACAACUGGAAGAUCUUCCUAAACGGUGAACCGCCUUGGCUGUGCUAGCAACCAUCUAGGAGAUAAUAAGUCACACUUACCCCAAUAAACCUGUGUAAAUCUGAGCACAGGCUGCCUCCUUGCUUAUUCCACCGAAAAUAUUUUAUUGCAAUUAACAAAGAAAUCUCAUUAAAAAACCAAAAAUGAAAAUCCCAACUGCUAAUGAACGUAUCCACAUUUUGGAUGGUCAGUCCAACGUUUGGACUAUUAUUAGAGAAAUAGUCAAAAAUAAAAGUCAAGAAGAUGCUUUUUACGUUAUGGAUGUCGGAGAAAUCGUGAAAAAGCACCAAGAAUGGUGUGAAAAUUUACCCAGAGUCACACCGCACUAUGCUGUGAAAUGCAAUGACAGCCUGGCAGUUUUGGAAACUCUCAACUCAUUGGGUGUUAAUUUCGAUUGUGCUUCAAAGGGCGAAAUCAACAAAGUGCUCAAUUUGAACGUCGAUCCGGAAAGGAUUAUUUUUGCCAAUCCUGCUAAACCAGCAAGUCAUAUUAGACAUGCCGCUGCUACCGGCGUAUCUACUAUGACAUUCGACAAUGAAACGGAAUUAUAUAAAAUCAAGAACUUGUACCCAGAUGCCAAGCUGGUUAUACGCAUUCGCUGCGAUGCUACCGACGUCCAAUGUCAACUCGGAAAUAAAUUUGGAUGCGAUGUUGUCACUGAAGCACCAGAACUCCUUCGUAUUGCCAAAUCUUUGAAUUUGAACGUUGUAGGUGUGAGUUUCCAUGUAGGUUCCGGUUGUCGUGAACCUCCAGUUUUUCGUAGGGCUAUAUCAGCUGCAAGAGAAAUUUUUGACUAUGCUGAAACCUUGGGAUACAACUUUUACUUGCUCGAUAUCGGAGGAGGAUAUCCUGGAGGAAGAGGAACUUCAAUAGAUAAGAUAGCAGAGAUUAUAAACCUCGCUUUGGACGACCUUUUCCCCGAUCCUUCAAUUCAUGUAAUAGCCGAACCUGGACGUUUCUAUGUCAGCUCUGCUUAUACUUUGGUGUGUAAUGUCCAUUCAAUUAGGAAUGUCAGUAAUACUGAUCCAGAAACUGGCAACAAUGUAAUGCAUCGUAUGUACUACAUCAACGAUGGAGUAUAUGGUAGUUUCAACUGCAUUUUAUACGAUCACCAGGUAGUAGUACCUCGGCCAUUAGAAGAACGUCUUGGUGCAAGAUAUUACGAUAGCAGUGUUUGGGGUCCAACAUGUGAUGGUCUUGAUCAAGUAACUGAACAUGUUAUGUUACCGGAAAUGAAAGUUGGUGAUUGGUUAGUUUUUGAAGAUAUGGGAGCAUACACUUUACCUGUAGCCAGUCCAUUCAAUGGUUUUCCCAUUCCCAAAGUACAUAUUGUUAUGGAUGAUACUAUCAGAGUUUUGUUGGAAGAUACGUUCAUAGUCACUGAUGGACAUUUUGAAAUGUUAACCAUACCGAACAACUUGAAAAAUAAAACUGAUACCACUUCCAAAUAUGAACUUCCCACAUUUCCAAUAAACAUUGGAAAUUCAAUUUUGGAUUACGUUGACGUCGUUGCUAUUGAAUAAUGGUACAGAUCUGGAUUAUGUUUACGAGCGGCUACAAUUGUCGCCACAUCCAUUAACUGAGACCAAUUUUAAAAAAAUAAUUUUCUUUAAGACGAAUAAAUAUAUGGUUACUACAAAUCUUUACUUUUGGCUAAAUGUUUUUCCAAAAUUGAUUAUUGAAAUUUUUCUUCAUUUAACAUACAAUAUAAUAUUUGUUGUAACCAAUUAUUUAAUUUAAAAAUUAUUUCUUUUUAAUAUAUUUUUUAGUAAUUGUCAUUUUGUCAUAAAACUAAGGAUGUAUUUGUUAAUUUGCAAUAAGGAUAUCGAGUUGAAAUUCUAUUUUUAUCCGAUGUUUUUUAUAUAAAUACCGGAUAAAAAUUGUAUUCUCCAACUUUGGUGUGUAAGCAAGGGGGCAGCUUAAAGCUUUUUCAUACACAAAUCAAUGUUUCAUAAUAUCAUUCCCGAUUUAUUUUCUCGCGAUUUUUUCGACUAAAUAUAUUGGGAUUCGUAUUAUAUUCGCUGUUUAGGUUUAGAUUAUAUGCUGAUUAGAAAUAAAGACGUACAUGUGUAA